ACGGCGGCGACGGCAGCGGCCGAGGGGGCGGUGGCUAUAAGGGGGGUGCGGAGCAGGCGGAAGAGGCGUCCGUGCGGGCGGCUAGGUCGCAGAGAAACAUCGUUGGGAUCAGCGAAUAUCACCUGUUCUACAAGAUGAGUAACAGUCACCCUCUUCGCCCCUUUACUGCUGUGGGCGAAAUUGAUCAUGUGCACAUUUUGUCUGAACAUAUUGGUGCCUUGCUGAUAGGGGAAGAAUAUGGCGACGUCACAUUUGUUGUGGAAAAGAAACGCUUUCCUGCCCACAGGGUAAUUUUGGCAGCGAGGUGCCAAUAUUUUCGAGCGUUACUGUAUGGUGGGAUGCGAGAAUCUCAGCCUGAAGCAGAAAUCCCUCUUCAAGACACCACUGCAGAAGCAUUCACAAUGCUGCUAAAAUACAUCUACACCGGGCGGGCAACGCUGACAGAUGAGAAGGAGGAGGUGUUGCUGGACUUUCUGAGCCUAGCUCAUAAAUAUGGAUUUCCAGAGCUGGAGGACUCUACCUCUGAGUAUCUCUGCACCAUACUUAACAUUCAGAAUGUCUGCAUGACUUUUGAUGUUGCCAGCCUCUACUCACUUCCCAAGUUAACUUGCAUGUGCUGCUUGUUUAUGGACAGAAAUGCUCAGGAGGUGCUCUCAAGUGAAGGCUUCCUCUCCCUUUCUAAGACAGCACUUUUAAACAUCGUAUUAAGAGAUUCAUUUGCAGCUCCCGAAAAAGAUAUCUUCCUAGCCUUGUUAAAUUGGUGUAAGCACAAUUCAAAGGAGAAUCAUGCUGAAAUCAUGCAGGCUGUGCGUUUGCCUCUGAUGAGCCUCACUGAACUUCUGAAUGUUGUGAGGCCUUCAGGACUGUUGUCUCCUGAUGCCAUUCUGGAUGCUAUUAAAGUUCGAUCUGAGAGCCGGGAUAUGGACCUCAAUUACAGAGGCAUGCUCAUACCAGAAGAAAAUAUUGCAACUAUGAAGUAUGGAGCCCAGGUUGUAAAAGGGGAGCUGAAGUCUGCCUUAUUAGAUGGUGAUACUCAAAAUUAUGAUUUGGAUCAUGGAUUUUCUAGGCACCCAAUUGAUGAUGACUGCCGUUCUGGCAUUGAGAUUAAGCUAGGUCAGCCAUCUAUUAUCAAUCACAUACGGAUACUCCUGUGGGACCGAGAUAGCCGGUCUUACUCAUACUUCAUUGAAGUGUCAAUGGAUGAACUUGAUUGGAUCAGAGUGAUUGAUCAUUCGCAGUAUCUGUGUCGUUCUUGGCAGAAAUUAUAUUUUCCAGCCCGUGUCUGCAGGUAUAUUCGAAUAGUUGGGACUCACAACACAGUGAACAAGAUUUUUCACAUUGUGGCUUUUGAAUGUAUGUUUACAAACAAAACCUUCACUCUUGAGAAGGGGCUGAUAGUUCCCAUGGAGAAUGUUGCAACAAUUGCUGAUUGUGCCAGUGUGAUUGAAGGAGUCAGCCGGAGCCGAAAUGCCUUGCUGAAUGGGGACACCAAGAAUUAUGAUUGGGACUCUGGCUAUACGUGUCAUCAGCUAGGAAGUGGUGCAAUUGUGGUUCAGCUGGCACAGCCGUACAUGAUCGGGUCGAUACGGUUAUUACUUUGGGACUGUGAUGAUCGAAGCUACAGCUACUACGUUGAGGUUUCCACCAACCAGCAACAAUGGACCAUGGUGGCCGACAGAACUAAAGUCUCUUGCAAGUCCUGGCAAUCUGUAACUUUUGAAAGACAGCCUGCCUCCUUCAUCCGAAUCGUGGGAACACACAACACAGCAAAUGAGGUGUUCCACUGUGUCCACUUUGAGUGUCCAGAGCAGCAGAGCAGCCAGAAGGAGGACAACAGUGAGGAGUCGGGGACGGGGGACCCCAGCCUGGUGGGGCCGCCGCUCGACCCCCAUGCCCUGCAGGCCCCCGGUGGCAGCUCACUGCCUUCCAGCCCAGGCUCCGUCUCCCGCUCUCCCAACCGGCAGCACCAGUAACCGGGACACAGAUGUGGAGUGAUGUGGGUGGGCCCCAGGGGCAGCGGCAAGAACCGGUGUCCUCCCAGGAGGGAUCUCUGUGGACUGCCCCUCUCCCCCUCCGGGGAGGAGCAGACCUGGCUGCAAAAAUGGACACAGAACAGGCUUUCUCCCAAGGACAGAAAGGGGCUGCUUUGUUCUCCUCAAUUUGUUCAAAUCAGGCUGGUCUCAAGGGGGAGAAAAUGGGUCUUCAAUCUUCAUCAAGCCCACCAUUAACACCCUACCUCUCUAAUCUAACCCGGGCAAAGGGGACAGGAGGAAGCGGUAGACAGGCCCGUGUCAGAAUACAGCAAUGGCCCGCCAGCACUCAAGCGGAGGAGAAUAUGUUAAGCCUUUAUUACCUGGAGGUUCCCUGUAGGAAAUGGGUUUCUGUAGAGUGUUUACUUUCAUGGAACACAUCGCCCUGGCAACUAAAUGAUUUUUUAUUUCUUAGUUAGCAUCCAUUUGCUGAAUCAUAGGUGUUCCAGUUCUUCUUGAAAUGCUCAAACAGCAAAUCACUUGUUUUAAUCCCUUUUGAUGCUGUAAUUUUCUUUCCUUGGUUUUGAACGGUUAAGCCUGGGGUGAAGCAGAGAUACUGUGCACACGGCCUGUGCGAGGCUGAGACUCGGCUCAUCACGGCACCCGGUCUGACCAGGAAAAUCCUUUGAGGAAGUUCAAGAAAACACACAGCAAAUCAGUGCGAGGACACUGGAGUUAAUGGUCACUCGAGUUCCUGAGUGACUCACCUGUCAUUCCUGAAAUGUACCUCGCCUCUAAGCUUGGGAGGCUGACAAGGAACUAGUUCUUAUGCCACCCGCUAAUUUAAUGUUCACACGUAUGUAAAUGUAUAUAUGUAAGUCUGUAGCGGCUUCCAGUUGGGUGGAACCCUCCCUCCAGUCACCACAGGUUAGCUGAGCCUGGGGGAGGGCAGCCCUCCUGCCCGUCGGUGUCUGGAACACAAAACUGGGCCUUUGCAGUUCGGGGGUUGCUGUGUUUCACCCCCAGACCACACGAUUCAACUGGGGAUUGGAAAGAAAAGCCGUUCUAAGAAGCUUUUCUCCUCAUCCUCCUCGAGACCAUCUUCUCUGACUUCCUUCACUUCAUCUGGCUCUGUCAUGUCUCUCAGUAAUUUCCAGUCUAGCACUAACUACCCCGUGGAACUUGAUCAGACUGCCUUUUGAUUUUCACUCAUCUCCGGAGCUCACCCGAGGGCUCUGUCACACUCAACUCCACGGGAAGCUCGGUCAGCCUGGGCACCGUGGUCCUCUGGUCCCCCAGAUGCACAUCCAGAUCCUCUGCACACCCUGUGACCCCACUUGGAGGAAGAUGGGCUUUCAUGGGGGCUCUUCUCUGGUGUCUGAAAGAUAUCUGUUGUGGGCGUACACAGAACCACUGGCCCGACUAACUAAAUGCUUUCCCCAGUAUACCUUCGUUUUGAGUGAUCUAUUGACAUGGGAACAUGGGGUCAUCAAACCGCAUGAUUAAACAGUUAAGUUAGGUGGGCUUUCUGUUUGAACAUUGGCGGGAAGGAGAAACCAUGGGGCCAGCGUCCCUGCUCGUGCCACAGGGGGCUCCAGGUCCCCCUCUGCCCUCAGCCCACGCAUUUGACCCCUUCCCCACUGUGUGGGGUGAACGGCACCCCUGAGGGGUGCCAGGCAGCUCGCGAGGGGAGGGAGGCUCCCGUAACAGAUGGCAGUGCCUCCCGCUUGCUGUGGGUGGCUGCCCUCUGUGACUUGGCCGCUGCCUUUGUCAGCAUUCAGCACGUGGUUGCCAAUUAGCCUGGAGAAUUCCUGUCCACUCGGCACUUCCUUCAGCAGUGCAGUCCUGCCCAGCGAGAACAGAGGAGCCCGAUAAGUCAGCAAGGGCUGAGUUCCGAUGUUUGGAAAGUAUCCAUUCAGAGGGUUCCUUCUCAACUUUGAAGUCUCCUGUCCAGAGAGGAGUCCCUGGGCUCGGGGGCUGGCACUGCUGACCUGGGAAGAGGGGAGCGGGCUGGCGAGGACCUGGAAGGUUCCAACCCUCUACGUCCAGACCGUGCAGCCCCACUGUCCCACGAGGUACAUGUCGCCAUCCCAGGCACAGGUAACCAAGCUGGUCUGGCAGCUCACCGUCCCGUCCGAAAAGGCACAGACCAUGAGGCUUUAGCACCAGACCCACAUCUGGGCCUUGCCCAGCCAGCGGCUUCCUGUCUCCUCCUCUCUCCCACAGAUUUCCAUCAGUGUUCCCACCUUCCACACGUCGCUGUGAGGUCUUGAGAGAACGGACUUUAAUCCAGUAAGGGAAGAAGGGGAAGAUGAAGCCAUGCCGAUCACACACGACAGUGGGCGGGAGGGGUGGGGUGGUUCUGAAGGCAUCUCUGCAAGCCAUCAGCUGGCCACGCCGUCUCCUGGUGCCGACAGGAGGCCUUGCCUGCAGGGAAGCCUUCUCGGGACCCCAGGCAGACACAGAGCUCAGAAGCUGCUCUGGUCUACCUCCCGUUACCAGGCCAGUGGGCUCCGUCUCCGUGAUGGGCCUUCUGAUCCGGGAGCAGGGAGGGGCUCCUUCUGCUGGCUGGGCCAGGGCCUUCUGGAUGGGGCCUGCAGAGCCCGGUGGAGGUGUGUGGCACCAGACAGAUGCCGGGUGAAGCACAGAUCUCCGGGGAAUGAGGGGUGAGUGGGCAGCCAAGAAGAGGUCCCCAGUCGACUGGCAUUCAGGGCCCUGGCUGGCCCUGCGGAGGACUUCUCCCUGCAGCCAACUAGACCAAAAUGGCCCGAAGCUUAGACUAAGGGAGGUGAAUGGGAGAGCAGAUAAGACAGCCUGGCACGCAGCUGGAAGGAUUCCCAGAUGCCCACAGAGUCCUCAACCCAACAGGCGGUGGAGGCUAACUCCGCCGUGAAGUGUGAGGAGGGAAACGGCCCAGUGAUGAGGGUGCCAGGGCCGAUGAGGGGCUGUGGCUCCCCCACCCCUGUGAGGAUGCAGCCCCGGUGGUGUUUGGUUUGAGGAGAGGCCAGGUGAGGCUUGGCCCCCAGGGGAGACAGAGGGGUGCUUGUGGCCCCUGGCCCUUUACUGGGAUGCUUCUCAGUUAGAAACUAUGCAACCACUGCCCAGGUCAGGAAACAGAACACUGCCAGAACCCCCUGCUCGUCAUCUUAGAUCAUGUUUUUCAGGAGAGUAAAAAACCGCACUGGGGCUUUGGGGGGGGGGAUGGCCUUCACCUUCUGGUGGCUCCUGGGAGGGCCAGCCGGGGUGACAGCAGGCCAGGCGGGGCGUGUCCCAGUGGGGCUGGCAGCCUGGUCAAGGCGGUCUGAAAGGUGGGGUUGCUGCCGAGCACUUGGGACCCGAACCAGCUGUAAUAGGACGCGUGCGCACACCCACCCAGACACAGAUGCUUGUUUUCUCAUGGUCUCAGUGCUUUUUCUGGUUUUCUUCUUCUGAUUUUAGUUAGAACCAUGAGCCGUGAUGAAUGUGGGACUCUUCUCAAUUGCUCUUUAAAUUGUCACUUUUUAAAUCUUAUUAAAUGAAGUGUCGAUUCCUGACAAA